UUCAGAACCAGACAGGUGGAUUUAGCAGUUUUAUGGUGCCCUUCUGGACGGAGAAGAAAUGGAUGGAUUAAUCUGACGAGGGAGACGUGUGUUAUUCCCACCCGAAUGGAGUAACAGGCUGCAAUGUCAUCUCCACCUGGCCGCCUGGAGAGAUGUGUCACGGGAAUGGGACCAAGUUUCAACACUUUUCAUCUGGUUUCACUGAUGCCGUGAGAAGAAACCAAAAUGCCAGCAAACCUACAGGUCUCCGCGGCCGCCUGCGCGGGCCCUCGCACUACGGGAGCACAACCCAGCAGCAACAUUCCACGCUCGGACUCCGAAGAAGAAGGUGUAAAACGUCCACAGCUCCGACCCUGCAGCAGCUGCCACGCUUCUUUGUGACACCGAAGGGUAUGAUGGGUGUAGUGGGCUGGACCUUGGUCCUACUCUUCUCAGUCACGAUGCCUGUUGCAUCCCAAAAACCUCCAAAACUCAAAGUGGGUGUGAUUCUAGGCCAGACACGCCCAGUAGCUGACCAGAACCUUCAGCCUCCUCAACGCCCUGAUGAUCCACUUGAAACCUCUGUGUUCAUCCUGAAGAUCAACCAGACAGACCCAAAGUCUGUAAUCAUAGAGGUUUGUGGGCUUUUGUCUCGGGAAGGUCUCCAUGGCCUUGUGUUUGCUGAUGGCACCGAUCAGGAGGCCAUCGCCCAGAUCCUAGACUUCCUGUCUGUUCAGACACAGCUUCCAGUUUUGGGUGUUCAUGGAGGCUCCUCUAUGAUAAUGGCUGAUAAGGACGAGAAGUCCACUUUCUUCCAGUUUGGCGCAGCCUUGCAGCAGGAGGCUCUUCUCAUGCUUGCAAUCAUGGAGGAGUAUGACUGGCAUGUUUUUUCUAUAGUAACAUCCAAGUUCCCCGGCUUUCAGGACUUCAUCAGCACUCUGAAAGUGACUGUGGAUCACAGCUUUGUGCGCUGGGACCUGCAGAGUGUUGUGACACUAGAUGCUGUAGAUGGUGACCCCAACUCAAAAUCACACAUUGCCCUCAAGAGGAUACAGAGUCCUGUUAUACUGCUGUACUGCUCCAAGGAUGAGGCAGUAUAUAUCCUGGAGGAAGCUCGGUCGUUGGGUCUAAUAGGAGCCGGUUACAUCUGGAUUGUGUCAAGUCUCACCACUGGAAAUCCAGACUUUACCCCUGAGAUGUAUCCCCUGGGUAUGAUCUCCGUAUCCUAUGACGAUUGGGAGUACCCUCUGGAGACGCGGGUGCGGGACGGGGUGGGCAUUAUUUCCACUGCGGCCUCCUCCAUGCUACGGGAGAAGGGGGAUCUGCCGGAGGCCCAGGCCGGCUGCAUCAGCACGCCCUCAGAUAGGAGCCCGGGAAAGCUCCCACCUAGUGCCCUGCGCGGACACAUGAUGCAUGUGUGGAACGAAGGACGAGAUCUAUCCUUUACUCCAGAUGGUUACCAGGCCAACCCCAGAUUGGUUGUCAUUGUGUUGAACAGUGAAAGAAAGUGGGAGAAGAUGGGCCGCUGGGAGAACGGGACGCUGUCCCUCAUGUUCCCAGUGUGGCCGCGGUAUAAUGCCCAUGGGGAUGAAGAUGCUGAUGAGAACCACCUCUCCAUCGUUACUCUGGAGGAGAAGCCUUUUGUCGUUGUGGAUAAUGUAGACAUCCUCACCGGCACCUGCAACAGGAACUCUGUGCCCUGUCGUAAACAUGUCAAGCUAAACAGCACAUCAGGAGGAGGUGCCUAUAUCAAACAGUGCUGCAAAGGUUUCUGCAUCGACAUUCUGAAGAAGAUUGCCAGGAACGUCAAGUUUACCUACGAUCUUUAUCUGGUUACCAACGGAAAACAUGGAAAGAAGAUCAACAAUGUGUGGAAUGGCAUGGUUGGAGAGGUGGUGUAUAAGAAGGCCAUCAUGGCAGUGGGAUCACUGACCAUCAACGAGGAAAGGUCAGAGGUCAUCGACUUCUCCGUGCCCUUCGUAGAGACUGGCAUCAGCGUCAUGGUGUCACGCAGCAAUGGGACCGUCUCACCCUCUGCCUUUCUUGAGCCCUUCAGUGCAUCAGUUUGGGUGAUGAUGUUUGUGAUGUUGCUGAUUGUCACAGCCAUUGCCGUCUUCCUCUUUGAAUUUGUCAGUCCACUGGGCUUCAACCGCAACCUGGCCCAAGGCAAAGACCCACAUGGUCCAUCAUUCACCAUUGGAAAGGCCAUAUGGCUGCUGUGGGGUCUGGUUUUCAACAACUCUGUGCCUGUGCAGAACCCCAAAGGCACCACCAGUAAAUUCAUUGUGUCAGUGUGGGCCUUCUUUGCUGUCAUCUUCCUGGCCUCGUACACUGCCAACCUGGCCGCCUUUAUGAUCCAGGAAGAAUUUGUGGACCAAGUCACUGGACUGUCUGACAAAAAGUUCCAGAAGCCGCACUCCUACUCCCCGCCAUUUCGCUUCGGCACGGUUCCCAACGGAAGCACCGAGCGCAACAUUCGGAAGAACUACCCAGAUAUGCACCAGUACAUGACUAAGUACCACCAGACUGGUGUUGUGGAUGCAUUGGUCAGCCUCAAGACAGGAAAGCUGGACGCCUUCAUUUACGAUGCUGCAGUCUUGAACUACAUGGCAGGCAGAGAUGACGGCUGUAAGCUGGUCACCAUUGGCAGCGGAUACAUCUUUGCCACCACAGGUUAUGGGAUCGCCCUUCAGAAGGGAUCGUAUUGGAAACGUUUAGUCGAUCUGGCUAUACUUAGCAUCAUAGGAGAUGGUGAGAUGGAGGAGCUGGAGGCGCAGUGGCUGACCGGGAUCUGCCAUAAUGAAAAGAAUGAGGUGAUGUCCAGUCAGCUGGAUGUGGACAACAUGGCAGGAGUAUUCUACAUGCUGGCUACAGCCAUGGGCCUGUCCAUCCUCACCUUCAUCUCAGAGCACCUUUUCUACUGGAGGCUGAGAUACUGCUUCACCGGUGUCUGCUCUGGCAGGCCGGGUAUGCUCUUCACCAUCAGCAGGGGUAUAUGGAGCUGUAUCCACGGCGUUCACAUUGACAUGAAGAAGAAGGCGCCUGAGCUGGACUUCAGUCCUCAAGCCAACAUGCUGCACUUGCUCAAAUCUGCCAAGUCCAUCGCAAUGUCAUCACCCAAACGCAACACUGUCCUCCUACAACCCAGCAUCCUAGACAUGAUGUCAGGCAAAGGUAACUCACUCCACAGUCUGCCUCAGAAGGGUCCUGGUCUCUAUAGCAACGCUGCGGGUCCACAGGCUUUCCUGUCAUUGUCCGGGCGACAUAAAAACCAUCUUAACAAUGCUGCACCAUUUCCCGGGCAACAAAAAGCCCCGACUCUCCAGACCAGCCCCAACAAGCCCCAGCUGUCAAUCACCAAUGAUAACGACAAGAACCGCCUGGCCGGGCCUGCUAUCACUGCAUCAAAGCCACGGGCCUUAUGGAAGAAAAGUGUGGAGACGCUGAAGACUCAGCCAAGUGUGGUGUCUCCUGGAGGCCCGAGCCCCACCUCAGCUUCAGGGACUGGGCCUCCACAGAUGAAGAGUCAGCGCUACCUGCCGGAAGAGCCACAACACUCAGACAUGUCAGAGUGUUCUAGUCGACCUCCAUCGCACAAAGAUUCUGACUCUAUGGCUGCAAGGGGCGGAUUUAAACCAAUCAAUCAGCUGAGGAAGCGGGGCGGAGGCGGAGGUGGAGGUGAAGGAGGAGGAGGCGGUCGAGGAUCUAAGAUCUACUCCAUUGACUCUGACCAGGCCAGCCUCCAAUCUGUUCCUCCCUACCAGAGAGACAGCCAGGGGGGAGGUGAUGACCACAGUUACCCCCCUGACCUCUUUCCACCUGAGAGCACUUACUCACACUCACACCAGUCAGAAGCACCAAUUAUGCAGCUGAGCGCCAGCCUCCUGCACCACAGUCACAGCGCCGAGGCUGACCUGCACUCCCUAAAGGACAAGAAAUACAGCACCUACACACACAGCAAUGUAAAGGACAAAUCUGCAGGAUCAUUUGAAGCUCCUGGUUCAGUCUCGGCGAUCCAAGGCGCCAGGCCUGGUCACUGUCGCACCUGCCUGACCAAGCUCAGCGGUUACUCUGGCCUCUACACUGUUCGAUCCCCUCAAGCACGCUGUGAUGCCUGUGCCCACCUGGGGAACUUGUAUGACAUCAGUGAAGACCACCUGCACUCACACUACGCCCACACUCACCCACACAGUGGUGACAUGUUUACUCACUACCUUCCACAGAGCGAGCUUGGCCUGGUGGGCGAGGGCGACGGGCUUGUCAGCCACUUUGAGCCCACCCCAUCCUCGCCGUCUCCUCUGCCCGCUUCCCCAUCAGCCCAACACCUCCAGCUGAGUCGGCAGCACUCCUACGAGAAUGUGCUUCCAGACGGCAUUCCGGAGCGUCAGUCACAGCCUCACCCCCACAUGCGAGGACUCAGCCUUCCUGACAGGGACCGGGACAGAGAGCUGACCCUGGAUGACGGGGCUUAUGCCAACGUCCUCACAAUGCGCUCUGACCGCCCAUACAGCAGCCGCAGCCCGCCCUCUCCGUCCCCAUCCCACCAUCACAGCCUGGACAUCCCAAUGCCUAUGCCGCGGCGCUCAAAGAGCCUUCUGCCGGAUCGUCCAUCACACAACCCCUUCCUGCAUUCAGCCCCCGGCACAGCACAACGAGACAACACCUCCCAGGCUGCCGUCCGCAUGCCGCAGAAAACUUCCUCCCACGAGCUCUACAAGCAGAGGAUGCAGCUGUCCCUCACUCUCGGCAACCACGGCAGCCAUCAUGUCAACCAGCAUGGUGGUCAUGUUGACCAACAGGUGUUUUACCCUCUGCAGGACCCUCCUGUGGUGGCCUACAUGGUUCCACCCGCUGCCUCACAGCCAAUGAGCUAUGUGACAGCACCGCGAGCCUCGAGUGCAGGCGGCAAUCGGCCUCGGCUGUACCGCCGCAUGCCCAGCAUCGAGUCUGAUGUCUGAGAGUCACAAAUAACACAGCUUUACUCUCACCAAACACACAAGCAUGCAAGGAGAAGGUGUGUGUGGCUGGACCUGGCAGCUCUGGUUCUAAGCACAUAUGAAGAUACACACACACGCAGACACACUCAUGGGGGAAAGACUGAGCUCAGCAGUGGACCAAAGGGAUUAACAGUGAAACAGAGUAAAUACAUUUCUUUAUGAAAAGCCUCUGUAGGGCAGUAAAGGGGCCACAGGGACACCUGGAGGCAAAGUUGUAAAAUGAGUAGUGUGUGUGUGUCUGUGUGUGUACUAGCCGGAAGCUGUGGGCAGCGGGGUACAAACUGACAAUACUUCUAACUAGACAGAUGGAACUCCUUGUGGAAUAAGUGGGACACUGUUUGCAGAAUCUAACACCAACAGUGGGAUCUAACAAAAAAACAAGAAAAUAUUAGGAAGACGAGCAAACCCAUCCCAUCCUCUCUGAGUUAAAGGGUCAUAGAUGAUCCCCUUUUACCUGAGAUUGCACACAGACAUACACAUCCAUACACAUUUCACCCCAACAGUACCCACCCACCCUUCCUCUCCAGGACUCUCCUGUUGCACUAUAAUUUCUCCUCCUGUUAACACGUUUGUUGUCUGAGCCUCCAAACUGCACUGCCAGCAUGGCUUACAGAGUAGUUCACUACCAAGUAAUCCUUGACUUGAAUCAAAAUUACUAUCUAUGUAAAAGACUGGAAGGCAGGCGGGAAGGUGUUCGGGAAACCAAUCUUAGAAUGAAGCUCCUGCCUGCAGAUGUACAAACACUUGAACACACACACACAAACUAAAAACAGAUUCUGCAUUUGUUUUUUAUGGGAAAGCUGAAACUUACCGACUGUUUGUUAUUGUUGAUGUCAGUUAAUUGAACAUUCCAAAAGGUGGACCAAACUUGGCCACCAGAAGAAAAAAAAGAACCUCUCAGGAUGAUGGUGUGUGUUCCUGAGUUUCUAAAUCUAACAGACAAAGUGCAGCAUCCUUGCUUCCUCUCUUAGCUAGCCUUCAGGUCUUACUGCAUGCUUCCUACUGCCCUGUGUUACACUUAAACUCCUUAUACAGGGUCAUAUAUGCACAGGCACUCACACCCGCACAAACACAAGGUACAUGCACAUUAUGACAUAUACGCACAUGUGCAGAUUCGCAGUAGUCUAGUAGAAUAAGGUGGUUGUGUGCGUGCGUGUGCGUGUGUGGGCGUGCGUGUGUGUGUGUGAAGCUAUGAGAUAGCUUCUCUUUGUGCACUUUGUAGAUUUUAUAUCUCUGCCACCCACACAGACAUUUGACCAAAAAACACUUUUAUACGGAAAAAUAUGAAUAUUCUCAGUCACUUGCUGGAUAGAGGUUUUCUUUUUCCUCUUAUUUCUUUUUAACGGAUUUUAGGGUACGGUGUAGGGCAGAGCUCUUCCAGAAUCAAACGUUUUUAGCAUUCGACAAAGGGUUACAAUAUCAUGCAUACAAUAAACACAACACAAACACUUUUCUCUUCCUUUGUCUACUUUAAUGGAGCUCAUCCCUCCUUUGAGCCUUUUUCCGCUUUCCUAAUCGGAUGGUUUCUGUUUAUUCUCUAUUGCUUAUUGCUCUUCCCCUGCUCCCUGCCGUAGAGUAGAUAAAGUAUCAAAAGAGUAAAGUUCAGUCUUGGUGUUAAAAAAAAAAUCAAUUUUUGAUGGAGAUCACUUAAUAUCAGUAGUUGUGAGAGAUCAUCAGAGUCCGCACUAUUUCUCAUAGGAUGCAGUGUCCUGUUCUGAUACCUUUCUAUGUAAAAGAUAAGGACUUGCAGACUUUUUUAAUGUAUUCGUAGUGAACGUUUAGGCAGAGUGCAUCUUCAGGUGCAGGUUUUCGUCAUCAAAAUUAUCGUUAGAGUAGCUGGUAUGGUACUGGAGUACCCCUAACCUGGAGAGAGCGCUGUGCUGCCUUUCAUCCCAGAGAGGAAAACGAAAGAGACUUGUUUCAGAAACAGCACACAUACACACAAGCACACACUCGACAGGCCGGCAAUGUGCAUAUGAGUGUUUUAGAAAUCCAUAACCUACCAAGCAAGGGCAUUGAUUUUUCAGCACAAGGAUUUUGAUAGAAACAAGAAUUGAUGUCCCAUUAGCUGAGUGUCUGUCUCUAUUCUCUUUUUUGCUCUUCUACUCUCUCUCUCUCUCACGAACAACCACACUCACUUCUAAACAAAACAUAAGUGACAAAUGUGACAAACAGAGAACGCAGGACAUUUUAAUAAAAAAAGAGAAAGGAAAAUGCACCUUUGAAAGGUGAGUGCUGCCCCUAUUUUGGUAAUCUUAAUAGGUUUGUUUUGUGAGUUAUAUACACAAUAUCAGGUUGCAAUAUUAUACUUCUGUACAGAGAUUUAUUUUGGUUUGUUUUAACUGUUUGGAAAUUCUUUCAUUUGUUUGAUUUAAAUGGUAUUAAAUAUUGAACGCAUUUGAAAUACAAUGAAAUACAAUACAUGACUUUUUAAAUUCUGCUUUAAAAAAUGAAAGGCAUGUUUUACAUUCUUCUGUCAUUUCAUUCCCCUACUCCGUCCUCUACAGUGCCACAAGUUGGGUUCUCACUGUACAGUCAUCACAGAUGGUUUAGCACAGUAGUUAACUAUGUGGGUCAGCUAACCAGUUUUCCAACUUACCCAGCUGAACCGUAUUUGAUGACUGCCCAGCUUGCGUGGUUUAUUAAACAUCCCCAUUCCACCCACUGUGUUCUCUUCCACCACGUGUCUGUUCUUUUCCACCUCUGAGUGUGAGAGUAUGCGUGCGUGUGGGUGUGAGUGUGUGCUUCACUUUGUGAAGCCAUUUGUAUAAAAGAGAGAAUGUGUGUAUUAGAGGUUACUCGGGUGUAUAUGUCUGUGUUUUUGACUUAUUCUUUCUUUCAUCCUACACACAACAUUUGACCUGGCUUCUAUUAUUCAUGCAACACAAAUACAUAAACAUGCACAUGCACACACACCCCUACAGACAUGUCUCUAUUGUCAUGUUAAGAAAGCAUGUAGAAUAAGUUUUGUACAUCCAACACCAGACUUUUCUUUUUUUUCAACCUUUUAAUUUCGAUUAUUUGGGGUUUUUGUUUUUGUUGCUGCAUGACGUGCUUGUGUUUUCAGUGGUACCUAUUUUGCUGCAACAUCUGAUUUCUAGCUGGGUUUGGACCCUCGGGGCUACAUGCACCAACACACACACCUUCCACCCUGACUGACAUACCUUUCAGGAUCAGAGUUCCACACCUUGUAUUUUCUGCUUGGAUUGUGAGCAGCACAGCACCUGGCGGAGGAAUCCUUUGUAUGGUUUUCAGAACCAACUGAGAUCUUAGUUUCAAACUCAUUCUUCCAGCUCUGGGUGAAAGGAGUGUGUUGGUGUGUAGUCCUGUGAGUCUCUGCUGUGUAUCAAACCUGUGUAUAAGUUCAGGGGUUUCAAAGCUACUAGUUGUGUUGUAAAUACUACCUUAUCACUCAGUACCUCUGUACAAUCUGUAAAUAAGUAAAGGUUACAUUUUUCUA